AUGGCGAGACACACCAGAAACUCCAGCGAGCAGGGCUACAGUGGCCUCCAGACCGGCCUGGCGCCGUCUCCCAUGUACGCCCCGUCCCGCAUGCUCCCGGGAAACUAUUACGACGUGCCCUCAUCCUCGUCGUCGUCCUCCGCCAUGCCGAUUCCUCCGCCGCUCGCCCCCCCUCCUCAUCAGCAGCAGCCGCAGCAGUACGGCCCGUACUCGACCAGCGCCCCGUCGCCCACGCUGCCCAUGCCCCCCGUCCAGACGUCGGCCUCCCAGCACCGGCCCAGCUCGGGCGCCUGGAACCCGCAGGACGACCAGCAGCUGCUCCAGGCGCGCAUGCAGGGCCUCAACUGGAACCAGAUCAGGGACCAGUACUUCCAGUCCAAGACGCCCAACGCCUGCCGGAAGCGCCACGAGCGGCUGAUGGAGCGCAGGGGCGCCGACGACUGGGACGCCCGCAAGAUGCAGACGCUGGCCAAAGAGUACAUGAGCAUGCGCAAGGAGAUUUGGAGCGGUCUGGCUGCUCGAACCGGAGAGAAGUGGAGCGUUGUUGAGGCAAAGUGCAUGUCCAACGGCCUCAAGAACCUCCAGAGCGCCGCCCGCGCGGCUUCGCGCCGUGACCGUCUCGAGACGGGAGCUUCACUCACAGGGUAUGACGACGAUAGCGGCAUUUCCGGCAUCGGCCUGACCCCCGUUGAUGAGUUAGACGCAUCCUACAGUAGCCCCGCGACGAGCUCGUCCGGCACACACUCCUUUUCCAGCUCCGCCAGCUACCACCAGCAGCAGCAGCAGCACCAGAGCCAACAUCACCAUCACCAGCAGCAUCUCCAGCCCCCUCACUCUCAUUCACACCUCCACCCUCACUCCCAGCACCAUCAGAACUCCUACGGCAUGGCUCCCGCGUACUACGGCGGCCACGGCUACUCGUCGAGCGUCAGUUCCACGGCCAGCAUGAGCCACGGCUACGUGUCCCGCGGCGGCACCACCGGAACGAGUCAGGACAGCAGCCCUUAUUUGGAUAGCCAGCGGCUGUCGACCGACAUGGGCAUCGAGUCUCUCGUUCAUCGUCCCAACGGGGGGAAAUUCUAA